AUGGAGAAACAGAGUAUUGGAAUGGAGAUCCAAUAUUACUCUCACCAGCAUAAGCUAACAUUCUUGGGCAGUGAAGAGCAAACUGAUGGUGGCGAGAUAAUUUCUUGCCAUCUGUGUGAGAAACCAAUAACGGCUGCAAGCUACAACUGCCAUGACUGCAAUUUCUCCCUUCAUGAGAGUUGCGCAAAGCUAAACGGUAAGAUCUCGCACCGUUUUCAUCGACAACACAGGCUCACUCUUCGUCUAGCUCCCGGGACAUGUCAUAUUUGCCGUAUUAGCAAUUACCUGGAAAAUAUCCUCAUGUAUGUUUGUGAUGAUAUUGAUUGCGACUUUAGAGUGGACGUCAAAUGUGCCUCAUUGUCAUCAAAAUGCGAACAAGAAGCAGAGCCAGAGAGUGAAAACCAAUACCAGUUUGUUCUUCUCAUGAGGGCAGAGACUAUUAGAUGCGAUGUGUGCGGCAUCGACUGUGACCUUGCCGAUUUCGUAUCAGAGCCUCAUAUAUGUACUGUGUGUCAUCUUGUGGUCCAUGAUGAUUGCAGAUCAAUACAACAAAGAGUCUCUCUAAGACAGCAUCAUCAUCCUCUCGUCCAUGCUUGUGUCAUUCAAGAAAGUGAAGGUGUCAAGUCCGAAUGCAGAAUUUGUCCUAAUGAGGUGAGCACGAUUUAUGGGUGCUAUUAUUGCUCGGAUCCAGAAUGUAAUUUUGUCGUCCAUGGGAGCUGUGCAUUAGAAAAUACGAUUGAACAAAACCCAAUUGGGGACCAAGAUGAAUAUCAGAUUUAA